CGGAGUCUCCACCCUCGAGAUGUUUCCGCCCAGGUUUGGGGAAGUAAGGGCCUCUAGGAACUUGUGACCCGGUUCCCCCCUGUCUCAACCCAGAUUCCUCAAUUCCAGCCCCAUGGCAGAGCUGAAUCGGCUGCUGCUGGUCGCUCUGCUGUGGGUCCCUGCCGGGGCCCUGAGCUGCUAUGGGGACUCGGGGCAGCCUGUGGACUGGUUCGUUGUCUACAAGCUGCCAGCCCACAGCCACCCUGGGGAUGCGGUCUGGAGGGGAAUGCGGUACAAAUACUUGGACGACAAAUCAGGGGGCUGGCGCGACGGCGCGGGGUCCAUCAACAGCUCCACAGGGGCCGUGGGCCGCAGCCUGCUGCCGCUGUAUCGUGGCAACACUAGCCAGCUGGCCUUCCUGCUCUACAAUGACCAGCCGCCUGACUCCAGCAUGGUUCAGGACUCUUCCAGCCGCGGGCAUACGAAAGGCGUCCUGCUCCUGGACCAAGAAGGGGGCUUUUGGCUGGUCCACAGCGUGCCACGUUUCCCUCCACCCGCCUCCUCUGGUGCAUACAGCUGGCCUCAUAAUGCUCAAACAUAUGGACAGACUCUCCUCUGUGUGUCUUUUCCCCUUUCCCAGUUCUCAGAGAUUGGCGGGCAACUGACCUACACCUACCCCCUGGUCUAUGACUUCAAGCUGGAUGGUGUCAUUGCCCAGAAACUCCCCAUCCUGGAGAAAGUGGUCAGUGGCUCCCAUGUUACCCAAGAACCCUGGAACAGCAGUGUAACACUGAUGUCACAGGCAGGGACUGCUUUCCAGAGCUUUGCCAAAUCUGGAAAGUUUGGAGAUGACUUGUAUUCAGGCUGGUUGGCCGCAGCUCUUGGCAGCAACCUGCAGGUCCAGUUCUGGCCAAAUUCUAGAGGCACCCUGCCCUCCAACUGUUCAGGGACCCAACACGUUCUGGAUGUGACCCAGAUAAGCUUCCCUGGACCAAGUGGACCAAGCUUCAAUGCCACAGAGGACCACUCCAAAUGGUGUGUGGCCCCAGAAGGGCCCUGGGCCUGUGUGAGUGACAUGAAUAGGAACCUCGGAGAAAAAUAUCGGGGUGGAGGCACACUGUGUGCCCAGCUGCCUGCCCUCUGGAAGGCCUUCCAGCCCCUGGUGAAAAACUGGACACGCUGUAUAGAAUAGAGCAGAGUCAGCAGAACAAAAAACUAAGCCCAGAAGAACAAAGAACUAAGGCUUGGGAACAAGUUUGGAUUUGAGUUUGAAUCCCAGUUUAGCCCCCUCUUAAUUGUGUGACCUCAAUUAUGUGCCUUAGUCUACAAAUCUACAAAAUGGAGAUUGUAACACUCCACUCAGGAUUGUUGAA